UCACCCGCGUUGACGUCACUCGAGCUCUGAAAAUGGCUGAGUCGGAAGAGGAGGUGGAUGUCUUGGUCCAGAGAGUUGUGAAAGACAUCAAUAACGCCUUCAAAAGAAACCCGAACAUUGAUGAAAUCGGCCUCAUUCCAUGCCCCGAAGCCCGAUACAACAGAAGCCCCAUCGUCCUGGUGGAGAAUAAGCUGGGAGUGGAGAGCUGGUGUGUCAAGUUUCUGCUGCCCUAUGUGCAUAAUAAACUCCUGCUGUACAGGCAGAGAAAGCAGUGGCUCGAUCGGGAAGCACUGGUAGAUAUAACCUGCACAUUGCUUCUCUUAAACCCAGAUUUUACCACUGCGUGGAAUGUCAGGAAAGAGCUCCUGCAGUGUGGCGUGUUAAACCCAGAGAAGGACCUUUACCUGGGCAAACUAGCACUAUCUAAGCAUCCUAAAAGUCCAGAGACAUGGAUACACAGGCGCUGGGUGUUACAGUGGCUGCAAAAGGAGUGCUCUCCCUCUGGACAAGAACUGAAAGAUCAGGCUGAGCCCAGAGGAGACGCCGUGAGGAGGAGACCGUGCGAGAGGAUGCAGAGAGCCUUGCAGGAGGAGAUGAAGGUCUGUGCAGACGCAGCCGGUCGUUACCCCAGCAACUACAAUGCCUGGUCCCAUCGCAUCUGGGUACUGCAGAACAUGGCUAAAGGCAAUCUGAAGGUUCUGCAUGAUGAGCUGUCCUCCACCCGACUGUGGGUGUCCAUGCACGUGUCAGAUCACAGCGGCUUCCACUACCGUCAACACCUGCUCAAGGCCCUGGCCAGAGAGCUGAGCCAAGUUGGAGAGACGGAGCUCCACCCUACCCAGCAGCCUAAUGGAGAGAGCACAGCGGGCGCGUCUGAUGACAAUCACCAUAAUGACGUCAUCCCUCCGCUCUUCCACGAGGAAAUGGAGCUCUGCACUGAUCUCAUCGAGUCAUAUCCGGGCCACGAGACGCUGUGGUGCCACAGGCGACAUGUCUUCUACCUGUGGCACCAGUGGCGGAGGGAGCACCUCCAAGGGGCAGGGUCACAAUCUCCACCUCUCACCCACACCGACGUCCUCCUCAGCGAGGAGCCCUGUGACGACAGCAGUGCCUCCCAGGCCAUGGACGUUGACUGUGUUCUGGACGGGAGCAAACACGGAAGCUACACGCAGGACACCAAGCGACUAAAGCGGGGACCGCUGCUUCCCCACCCCGGACUUCCCUCCGAGCACACGUUUGUCUCUAAAAUCCUCACGGGCUGCCGGAGCCCCGAGCAAAGCCGCUUUGCCAUCGCCUACAGAAAGUGGCUGGACUCAGUUAUAGGUCAGUAGCGUGAGAAACACUCCGCCCACCACGAUGUGGGAGAGCUGUGAUAGGUCAACUUAUUUCUGGCUCCAACCGCCCACACCCGGUUCUCUGAAACUGGCUGGACUUCUCGGCCGGUUGGUUUGUCAGAGAUGCUCUGCCGGAGCAAAUUCCCUCUCAUGAUGAAAACCCAUGACCUGUCUCGGCAGUCUAAGCCUGGUCUGUUUCAGCUGCUUUAGUUCAGGUACUGGAUAUCUCAGGUCUGUUUUCAGUGUACAAUCCUUUCUUCUAUCAGAAGCUACAAGUUUGUAGGGGUUUUUUUGUUUUCAUACAGUUUUGCUGGUUUUUAUGUUGUUUAAAGUCUUCCACCACAAAUCAAUUACAGUAUGCUCUCAUCAUGCUGUCUGCAGUUUUACGAUUCCUGUCGGGAAUCUUAAACGCACACUGUGGUGCACACUUGAAGGGAACACUUAGAGCCCAAAGUGAUUCUGACCCAGUUUCCCUCUUUUGUUUAAUUGGGGGCAGACUGGCUCUGAAUCUCAUCUACUGCUCCUCUUUGAACUUUUGUACUGAAGCAUGAACAUUUUUCAAUGAAUUCCUAGACGUUUUGCUACAAUCAGUAAUGUGAGCACAAUCAUUGACGUUAAAGAUUCCUGGAGCCAUUUGAUAUAAAAUAUUAGGGCUAAAGACAGACAUCUUCAUGAGUUUUAAUAAUCUUCAAUCAAUAAAACCGAACAAUGCACAUGAAUUUGACAGAAUUUCUAGGCGAUGUCCUCAUUCAGGUGAGUAUUUGUAUUAUAUGACAUAUCCGUUGCAGGGUCAGCAUUUUUUUCAGUUUGUGCAGACGAUUCUUGGAGCGUUUGAGAAUAAAUGUUCCUGAAGCACAUUAUCAUCACUCAUUAGGAAAACGAAGGCCACGUUGUCACAUGGACUAGCCUCAGCGUUCAAGCACAAGUUUUGGGUUAUAGUUCAUCCAGGUGGUCUCACAGAUGCAUGGGUUUUCAUGAUGAACGGGAAUUGCAGAAGUAGGAAUAGGCUUUUCUCAGCUCGGCCCAAACGUGGCUGCAGAAAUAACACGCUGCCACGUUCAAGCCCAUCUGGUGCAGAAUGGUGCUUCUUCUCUGCACCGGGGGAGUGUUGACCCCUGACGGGCCUGGGUUUACAAAUGCUGCUUUUUGUUUAACACUAUUUUGAACUUAAAGUAUAUUUAUGCAAAUAUGAAAGUGAAAUGUUGUUAGCUUCACUUAUGUGAUGAUUUAUUAAAGCUAAUAAGCUAUUAGACAGUUAUGGUUGACUCACUGUUACUCAGUAAUUAUUAAACUUGUAAUAAACUUUGAAGUUUCACAGG